GUAAAACUGGAUCGGAGGUAUGGAAAGGAAUCGGUUCCACUGGAAACGUCGGCGGCGGAGAAUCCGUCUUGGAAUGAGUCUGAUGUCACCGCCAUGAUAUCAUCUCUCAACCGUGCCAUCGAGUAUCCGGCAGCCGACGGGCAAGAAAGGUCAGACUCUCCGAUCAAACAAGAGCUUAGUAAGUCGGAUCAACUACAACAAGACCAAGAUCAACCAAGAAGAAAAAACUAUAGAGGGGUCAGGCAGCGACCAUGGGGAAAAUGGGCGGCCGAGAUCCGUGACCCGAAGAAAGCAGCCCGUGUCUGGCUCGGGACUUUUGAGACAGCUGAGGAAGCUGCUUUCGCCUACGACCGAGCCGCCCUCAAAUUCAAAGGCACCAAGGCUAAGCUAAACUUCCCAGAACACCUACAAGGCCCCUCAACCACAACCUAUGUCGCAUCUCAAUCAGGAAUUGAUCAUGUUCCAAGAGGAGGUAGUGAAUUAAUGAACUCACCUCCUCCUCCUCCUCCUCCUCCUCCUACUACUACUACGUGGCCAACGAAUUAUAACCAGGACAUACUUCAAUACGCUCAGUUGCUUACGAGUAACAAUGACGUUGAUUUAUCGUACUACACGUCAAGUCUCUUAAGUCAGCAGCAACAGCCUUUCUCAACGUCUUCGUCUUCUUCUUCCUCGUUGAGUUCGCAACAGCAGCAACAACUUCACCAGCAGCGUGAAGAGGAGAAGAACUAUGGUUACCACUAUUAUAACUACCCAAGAGAAUAAUCUUAAUUAUUGUUGUCGGUCGAAUCAGUCUCAUAAAUUAUAAUCAUUACCAUAUUUUCGUUUGGAUUGUUAUUUUGGUUAUUUCUGCUAAUGGCGGCAAGGAGGUGGCACCGAAAAUUUGAAUGUCCUUUGUUGCGUAA